AUGGCAUGUGAAAUAAAUGGGGUAAACGGCAGGUUUUCUAUACGGGACAGCCAAAGAUCGAAGCACUUCAAUGUGAACAUUCUAAAUCUGAGCACAGCUGACUCUGGAACGUACUGGUGUGGCUCAGACAGAAAAUGGCACAAUGCUGCUUACACCAAAAUCAACCUUUUCAUAGACAAAAGACACAUCAAAACCAAAAAAUCAGGACCUCAGCAGACAACAGCAGCACCAUCUUCAACAACAACCCUCCAUGGCCAUUCAGACUCUGGCAGGAUUAUUGGCGCUACGGUAGCGUGUCUGGCGUUGUUGGUGACAGUUGGGAUCGUGCUGAUAGUGUUCAUACAUAAACUCUGCAGGACACAAGGGGGGUCCACAAUGCACAGCACAAAGGCUGGACAAAACUCAGAGGAAAAUCACAAUGAUCGAGUGUAUGAGGAGAUAAAGGAACCGAACCAGGGGCAAAGCUCUGGAGAUGCAACUCUGUCUUUUUAUGCCCUUGUCAACCUCCCUGCAGAGCAGCUCCACUAUGCCAGUCUGCUGAGCUCCCCGGGGCUGUGGGCGCCGUCAGGACUCUCGGAUCGGGACCUCCGCUGGGGGUGGAUCAGAUAA